AUGGACGCACCCGAGCCUGAUACGCCCUUUGCGGCGGUCUCUGCUCAGACAUCCAAGGUCCAGCAGGUAUGAGAAAGUGCUCGUCUAUAGCACAUUGCAAUUGCGCAGAGAGCUUCGUCUGCUGAUGCCUUGAUAGAUGUACCAGGCCUACCUCGACAAAUCCACACCCUACAUCACGUAUCGAUGGAUAGGCACCGGCGUGCUCUUCUUCCUCUUUGCGAUGCGCAUAAUCUUCGCACGGGGCUGGUAUAUCGGUAUGCUGAAGAGUCUCCAAGGCGUAGGAGAAGCGAGCUGAUGAAAUCAAACAGUCGCCUACGCCCUAGGCAUCUACCUCCUCAACCUCUUCCUCGCCUUCAUCUCGCCGAAAUUCGACCCCUCGCUGGAGCAAGAUACGGACAUGGAAGAUGGCGUACCGGCAGGACAAUCUUCGCUUCCAACGAAGAACGACCAAGAGUUCAAGCCAUUUGUGCGGAGACUGCCCGAGUUCAAGUUCUGGCACUCGGCGACAAGGGCCGUCGCGCUGUCGUUCUUGUGCAGCUGGAGCGAGAUCUUCAACCUGCCAGUGUUCUGGCCAGUGUUGGUGGUAUACUGGUUGAUUUUGGUGUUCUUGACGAUGCGGCGGCAGAUUCAUAGCAUGAUCAAGUACAGGUGGGUCUCCAAGAAUAUCGAACCGAGGAACUGGGAACCAGGACGAGGCUAAUACAGGACAGAUACGUGCCGUGGGACUUCGGGAAGACCAAGUACGCCGCCAAAUGA